AUGUCUCGCGUUAAUAAUGAAGAAACUAUCGACGAGCAGACUGCUGCUCAGCUGAUCCGUUCCCCGACUCGUCCCACUGCGCCUCUGCGGACCGAGUCGUUCCGAAGCUCUCGUCCGACGAUAGUUGGCGGGGAUGAACCCGAAGCACCGUUCCCUGUAAUCAUGAAAGGGGCAGUGCAGAGGGGGUUCGGGCGAGGAGGCAGGGAGCUGGGUUGUUUGACUGCUAAUCUGCCUGACGAAUCGCUCGAUCCAAUGACCAGUGUGGCAAAACCUGGAAUUUAUUUUGGAUACGCAAGAGUCCACUUUUCUGACAAGGCUCCCGAGUCGGAUAAAAAGGAGGUGCAUAUCAUGCACGAUUACAAGGAUGACUUCUACGGCAGAGAAAUGAGCGUCGUAGUACUCGGAUACAUUAGACCUGAGCUGGAUUACAUUUCACGAGAAGCGCUCAUAGAGGAUAUUGAAACCGACAAACGGGUGGCCCUCAAGUCGAUGGACAGACCUGCGUACCAGGCAUUUGCAUCUCAGAUUUAA